UGCAAGUAGUUUUGUCUGUAGUGAACCUACAGUGGCUCAGUUGAUAGAAACUCUGUUUGGGAAAAUUCCUUCAAGGUGGCACAGCCACGGUUUAUUUGGGAAAAGAUGGAUGUUGUUUCCCUUUACACACCGUAGGUGUUACAAAUAAAGUUACUCCAUUUCUGUUGGAGAAAUGGGUCAUUACUACUUCUGUACAUGUUUCCUCUGCUGCUUGUCUGAAGAGGAGAGGAACGCCGUCUACAUAAAUAAUGAAAUCAAACGCAUCCUUGCAGAGCAGAAGAAAAGACAACGGAGAGAAAUCAAGGUGCUUCUGUUAGGCACAGGAGAAAGCGGAAAGACCACGUUUAUGAAGCAGAUGAAAAUCAUUCAUGGAAGCGGCUACUCUGAAGAUGAUAGACGUAACUACACUAAACUGGUUUUCCAGAAUAUCUUCCAAUCUAUGUGUGCAAUGACAGAUGCCAUGAAAACGCUUAGGAUUCCCUACUCCAACCCACAGAACGAGAUGUAUGCCCAGUGGUUCCAGGAUCUGGAUAUACAUCAAAUAACGCAGCUGCAGAGAAGUUAUGUAGAGGCUAUUCAUCAUCUAUGGGCAGACAAAGGCUUAAAGAUGUGUUACAGUCGGCGCAGAGAGUAUCAACUGCUAGACUCGACUAAAUACUUUAUUGAUAACCUGGACCGCAUUGCAGCUCAAGGUUACAUCCCUUCACCUCAAGAUGUUCUUCAAGUCCGAUUCCCCACGACUGGCAUCACAGACCAUUGCUUUACUUUGGAGAAGAUAACUCUCAGGAUUGUAGAUGUCGGAGGUCAGCGAGGACAAAGGAGGAAGUGGAUUCAUUGCUUUGAAAAUGUGAUGUCACUCAUAUUUCUAGCAUCCCUCAGCGAGUACGACCAACUUCUGGAGGAGAACAACAAGGAUAACCGUAUGGAAGAGAGUUUGUCGCUGUUCUACACAACCAUCCACUCAACAUGGUUUACCAAUUCCUCCAUCAUUCUCUUCCUAAACAAAAAGGACAUCCUGGCCGAGAAGAUUCAGUUCUCUGACCUAAAAACAUACUUUCCUGAAUUUAAUGGAAAACGUCGGGACAUUCAAGAUGCCAUGACGUUCAUCGAGAAUUUAUAUAUACAAAAAACAGUCUCCUUUGAGACAAAGAAAUCCAAAAAAAUCUACUCUCACUUCACCUGUGCCACAGACACCAAAAACAUCCAGAAAGUCUUCAAUAACGUGAAAGACACAGUUCUCGUCCAGGCCUUAGAAGACUUUGGAAUGUUCUAAUGUGCGCCAGACGCACCCCUUAUGGCACUCGGCAUCAGACUGUAUUAAUCCCAAUCCGUGUACAUUCAGAAACACUAGUUUUUUAUGGAAACACGUUUGCAUACUCUUCAGCCAAUCUAAAUUAUAAAUUUUUUUUGUCAUUAUUUAUAACUGACCAUCCAAAAUGUAAUUAUGGGUUAGUUUUGAUGUUCAUAAUAAGUAACCUAUGUUUACAUGUGAGAAAUUGACACUUUAAAUUUACACCCAUUAAAAAUCACUGUGACAUUAA